CGCGGUUGGGGCGCGGCGGGUGUUGAGAAAGAGCUGCGCCCGCGGUGGGGGCGGGGUUCGGGCGCGGACUUGGGCUUCAGGUCCCAGCCCGCAAGAGCUGCCCCUGCGGGCGGAUCGCGGCGCGACUUUUGUUCGGAUACCUGCGCCUGGGGGUUCUCAGGCUGCGGUAGUGUAGGCGGCUCCUGUUCGGAGGCCGCCGCGCGCUCAGUGAUUAAUGCAGGGAGUCCUCACCGUUCUGCUCUAAUAGAUUAGGAAACGGAGACUCAAGACAGGCCCGCGAGCGCCUCGGCCCGCGCAGCCCGCGGGAGACGGCGCUAGGAGGCACAUCCACAGCUGUCUCCUCUCUAAAAAACGAUUCUACUUAAACCCGGCGACCUAGCCCACCCAGCACUGAGCCAGGGGGCAUCGCCGUCAAGUAUAAUGUGGAAUCCGGCUUGUCGUGGGGCACUUGUAUUUCCGGGAUUCUUGGUGUCUUCAGCCUUCUUGGGUCACACUUCAUAAUGGAACAAAGCAGCUCUCCUAAGGUAGAGGAAUCCCACCUGGAAGAUAGCCAGUCUGAACGGCGACCUCCCACCAGGGCUGCAGAGCAGAGGAGGACUAGGCCGAGAAAGAGCAGACGCUAGAUUUGGAAGGCUAGUAGCAAUAUGUGAUCCUUGUGUUCUGCAAGCCACCCGUCAAACUGUUGACAACCUGAGUCUGAGCCAAGUUUCAGGAGAGCUCCACCUUUGUAGUUCCCUACAUGUUUCCUAGUUCCACAGAAAAUGAAUAGAUCUCAGGCAUUUUGAAACUCUAAGAGUAAUGGAGCUAGAAGACAACUGCUUUACUGUUGGAUUCUCAAAUGCCAGAAAUAGAGGUCUCUCUCUCGGAGUCAUUCAAUUUCGGCAGAGAAGAAACUUCCAUCUCUUGCUGAAGGACUGGUAACAAGCAGCAGUCUGUGGACUGGCACCAGCCUUCGGGCCACACCCUGAAAAGCUGAAUGACAGAAUACACACAAAAUGACUAAGAACCAAGUGAAGCCAAGCAGCUCAACUCUGGGCCAGGGAAGUACCUGAUAACCUUCAGAACUUCCAACACCUCAGGCCUGAAGCUGAAGGGGCACUACUCACACGCUCCUCAGGAAUCUGAAGAAAACCAGGCUGUUUGCAGGAGUGACAGGACUACCUUACUUAUCACCAGUGGAGAAGGUACCUGGGAAUGGUAUCACCGAGUGAUAUGAUAACUCCAUGUUUAAAGUUUUGAGGAACUGCCAAACUGUUUUCCAAAGUGGCCACACCAUUUUAUCAUUCCACCAACAAUGAAUGAGGAUUGUAAUUCCCCACAUUCUGAUGGCUUCUUAUCUCAUUCAAAAGGCUGAGAAGUCCCAUGAUCUGCCAUCUGCAAGCAGGUAUAAUUCAGUCUGUGUCAGAAGGCCUGAGAACCAGGGGAGCCAAUGGCUGAAGGCCUGAGAAGGGAGGGGUGGUGUGCUGGAGGAAGUCCCAGAAUCUGAAGGCCUAAGAACCAGAAGCUCCGAUGUCUGAGGACAAGAGAAGAUGGAUGUCUCAGCUCAAGAAGAAAGAGAGAGAAUUCAUCCUUCCUCCACAUUUUUGUUCAACUGGACUCUCAAUGGAUUGGAUGAUGCCUGUCCAUAUUGGUAAAGAUUGGCUUAUUCAGGAUUCUUUGCCCUUGCCUGGGAGAACAGUUCAGGAGACAGAUGGCCCCAAGACUACCAAGACCCCAAAUCCAGGGAUCACUGACAUUUGGGGAUGUAGCUGUGGCCUUUACCCAGUUUGAAUGGAAACACCUGGAUGCCACUCAGCAAGCCCUGUACAGGGAUGUGAUGCUGGAAAACUACAGGAAUCUGGUGUCUGUGGGACUUCUGUCUUCCAAACCCAAACUAAUCACCCAGUUGGAGCAAGGGGCAGAGCCAUGGAUGGAAGUACAACAGAUUCCAUCAGAUACUUGCUCUGUCCAGGAGUACUGGUUUGAAACAAAGAUGUCCCCCCUAAAGCAACAUACUUCUGAAGGAUCUGAUCUGGGAGAGCAAACAAAAAGUGACGUGAUGGAAAGAGGCCUGGACUGGGAGGGCAGAAGUUCCACAGAGAAGACACAUUAUAAAUGUGAGGAAUGUGGGAAAGUCUUCAAAUAUAAUUCCUCCUUUAUUAGCCACCAGAGAAAUCAUACUGGUGAGAAACCCCAUAAAUGUAAUGAAUGUGGCAUAGCCUUUAUGAGCAGUUCCUCUCUUUUAAAUCAUCGUAAAAUUCACACAGGCAAGCAGCCUUAUAGAUGUAUUGAAUGUGGGAAAUUCCUUAAGAAGUACUCAACAUUUGUUAAUCAUCAGAAAAUUCAUUCUAGAGAGAAACCUCAUAAAUGUAAUGAAUGUGGAAAAGCUUUUGGAAAGAACUCUAUCCUUUUACGUCAUCAGAGAAUUCAUACUGGUCAGAAACCCUACAAAUGUAAUGACUGUGGGAAAGCCUUUGCUCAGAAUGUAGCCCUUACUCGUCAUGAGAGAAUACAUAGCGGAGAGAAGCCUUUUGAAUGUAAUGUAUGUGGGAAAACUUUUAGGGAUAACUCAACUGUGUUGGAACAUUUGAAAAUCCAUACUGGUGAAAAACCAUAUCGGUGUAAUGAAUGUGGAAAAACCUUUAGGAAGAGCUCAACUCUUGUUAGUCAUCAAAGAAUGCAUACAGGAGAGAAACCCUAUCACUGCAGUAAAUGUGGAAAAUCUUUUAGGUAUAGCUCAUCCUUUGCUGGACAUCAGAAAACUCAUAGUGGAAAUAAACCCUAUCAAUGUAACGACUGUGGGAAAGUCUUUACGAAGAGCUCAACCCUUAUUGGACAUCAGAGAAUUCAUACUGGAGAAAAGCCCUAUUACUGUAAGAAAUGUGGGAAAUCCUUCAGGCAUAGCUCUGGCCUUGUUGAACAUCAGAGAAUCCAUACUGGAGAAAAACCUUAUGAAUGUAAUGUAUGUGGGAAGGCUUUUCCCCAGAGUUCAGCCCUUAAACAACAUAAGAAAAUGCAUAACGAAGAAAGAGCCAUCAAAUGUAGUUAGUGUGGUAGAUCAUGCAGAAGUAGUUUAUUCCUUUUGACCAUCAAAGAGGAAACACUCAACAAAUCACACAUUUAAGAAAAAUAGUCUGUGUACCUCUAUCCUGGAGAACUUCUCACUUGUAAGGAUGUUCACUGUAGUAUGGUUUGUAUUAGUGAAAUAUUUGAAGAACGUAAAUGUCUAUCAAUAUGGAAAUAGUUACUAUAGAACACUAUGUAGGAAGUAAAAAGAAUGAGGUAGAACUCUAUAUAGAACCAUAGAAAUAACCCCAUGAUACCUUGUUCAAGUUAAAAAAGCAAGUUGCAGAAAAUCUACAUGUUGUGGUCUAAUUUAUAUUUUAAAAAAUGAAGCUGUUUUUAUUUGUACAUAUAUGUCCUGUGUAUUCAAAAAGAGCUGGUAAAAUAAA